AUGGCUCUCGAUCGUUUGUUGUUUCUUCUGGGCUUCUGGUUGGGCUUGGUUGGCGCCGCUCAAGCUGCGUUGUCGUCAGAACCGCUUCCGCCCAGCAAAGACCCGUGGUAUACUGCACCUCCUGGAUUUGAGAAUACCGAGCCUGGAACAGUCUUGAGAGUGCGACCUGCGCCUGGAAACUUGACCAGCGUCACCAGCAAUUGCUCUGCUUCUUACAACAUCCUCUACCGUACGACCGAUAGUCAUUUCAAGCCCGCUUGGGCCGUCACCACUCUUUUGAUCCCCGAGCUGGGUCCUGAAAGUCUUGCGCACCAAAAGUACCAACAAAGCGCGCUAAUGUCAAUCCAAGUUGCCUAUGACUCUCCCGACGUCGAUGCCAGCCCUAGUAACACUAUGUACACCGCGAGCAAUUUUUCUUCCAUCUACUAUGAAGCUGCUCUAGGUCAAGGGCUCUUCGUUUCUGUUCCAGAUUACGAGGGACCCUUGGCUGCUUUUAGCGCUGGUGUCAUCUCUGGGUACGCUACUUUGGACUCAAUUCGCGCUGUUCUAUCGCUUGGUCUGGGCCUCAACAUGACCAACACGCCCAGUGUUGCCCUUUGGGGCUACUCUGGCGGUGCGUUUGCCACCGAAUGGGCAUCAGAACUUGCGGUACAGUAUGCACCAGAGCUGAUAACAGGACCCGUUAUCGGUGCUGCGUUGGGAGCCCCGUUGGCCAAUAUCACUUCACUCCUGUACGAUGUCAAUGGCAAACCUGGAGCCGGUCUGGUGCCAAAUAUGUUGUUGGGUCUUACAAGCCAAUAUCCUGACGUCCGCAAGUACCUUAUAUCCAAACUCAACGAUGAUGGCCAGUACAACAAGACUGGCUUUCUCGCUGCUGAGGGUUUUACCAUCAACGAAGCUGGCGUCGCCUUUUAUGGAAUUGAUAUCAACAAGUACUUCCAGAAGGGGACUGACAUUCUCAGCGACCCGAAGAUUGUAGCUCUUCUUAACCAAGAGGGCCUUCUGGGAUAUAACGGUACCCCCAGAUGGCCUUUGUUUAUUUACCAAGCUAUCCACGACGAGGUCACACCUAUAGCUGAUACCGAUGCUGUAGUCAACAGAUAUUGUGCCGUGGGGGCCGACAUUCACUUCGAAAGGAAUACUAUCGGCGGGCACUACCAGGAAGCCGACAAUAGCUAUGAGGCGGCUUUUCAGUGGCUUUUGGACAUCUACUCCGGCCAGCGUGACACAAAGGGUUGUGUCAUCAAGGAAGUGACGAGAAACAUUACCGGAAGUGUCCUACAAACACGUGAGAAUGUUCAAAAGAGUGGAGUUGACUUCUGGAGAUCUGCCUGGUAA